AUGGGUAUUCUGAUGAGUAAAUCUGAUGGUUACGUGGCUAGCACUACAUAUGAUUGGCCCCUGCAUCAAUUGGAUAUCAAGAAUGCUUUCCUUCAUGGUGAUCUUCAGGAAGAGGUGUAUAUGGAGCAACCACCUGGGUUUGUUGCUCAGGGGGAGUUGGGUAAAGUUUGUAGGCUUCGGAAGUCUCUUUAUGGCUUGAAACAAAGUCCUAGGGCAUGGUUUGAGAGAUUCAGUGAAGCAGUACAGGAAUUUGGUAUGCAAAAGAGUAAGUGUGAUCACUCAGUAUUUUAUAGGCAAUCUGAGGCUGGUCUAAUUCUCUUGGUAGUCUAUGUGGAUGACAUUGUCAUCACUGGGAGUGACUCUGCAGGUAUUUCAUCUCUUAAAACCUUCCUCCAAACUCAGUUUCAGACCAAAGACUUGAGAUUGUUAAAGUAUUUCUUGGGUAUCGAAGUUAUGAGAAGUAAGAAGGGUAUUUUCUUGUCUCAAAGAAAAUAUGUCCUCGAUCUAUUAACAGAGACAGGAAAAUUAGGUGCUAAGCCUUGUAGCGCACCAAUGACUCCAACUUUACAACUGUUAGCAGGGGAUAGUGAGUUGUUUGAAGAUCCAGAGAGAUACAGGAGAUUGGUAGGAAAAUUGAACUACCUUACAGUCACUCGUCCUGACAUUGCUUAUGCCGUUAGUGUGGUAAGUCAGUUUAUGUCUUCCCCAACUGUUGCUCAUUGGGAAGCCUUGGAACAAAUCUUGUGUUAUCUGAAGGGCGCUCCAAGAAGAGAUUUGCUAUAUGGUAAUCAUGGGCAUUUGAAUGUUAAAUGUUUUUCAGAUGCCGACUGGGCUGGAUCUAAGGUUGACAGGAGGUCAACUACUGGAUAUUGCGUUUUUAUUGGAGGAAAUUUGGUGUCUUGGAGAAGCAAGAAGCAGAGUGUAGUUUCUCGAUCUAGUGCUGAAUCCGAAUACAGAGCCAUGGCACAAUCAGUAUGUGAGGUAAUGUGGAUACUUCAAUUACUAGAUGAGACAGGUUUUAAGACCUCUCUGCCUGCGAAAUUGUGGUGUGAUAAUCAAGCUGCUCUUCAUAUUGCUUCUAAUCUGGUGUUUCAUGAGCGGACCAAACAUAUUGAGAUUGAUUGUCAUUUUAUUCGUGAAAAGAUUCAACAACAGAUCAUCUCAACAGGACAUAUCAAAACUAGAGAGCAGUUAGGAGAUAUUUUCACAAAAGCUCUGAAUGGAGCUAGGGUUGACUACAUUUGUAACAAGUUAGGCAUGAUUAACAUCUAUGCUCCAAUUUGAGGGGGAGUGUUAUGGAAAGUCAAUCACUAUGUUAUGGAAAGUCAAUCACUAUAUUAUUUCUCUGUAUAUUUUGUAUUCUGUAUUCCUAUUUAGGAUUUCUUAUUUAGGAUUUCUUCCUAAUUAGUAGAACACAAUUAUAGGAAUCAAUUAUAUAUAUAUACCCAUGUACAGAUUAAUUGAAAUCAAUGAGAAUCAUCUCUUUCUACAUGAAGAAGCAAAAAAAAGUGAAGAAGCAGAUGAAAAUGAAGAAGCAUAUGAAAUUGAAUUUGAAGAUUGCAAAUUUCUUGAUUUUAGUAAUUGCUUCAAUUUGAAUAAGAAAGUAAUCGAGGAUGUUUUUGAAGCCCAUUUGUUGGGUCAGAAAGUUAGAUUAUGUAUGGCAGGAGGUGCAGUGCCAGAAAGGAUGAGAUAUAAGAGUAAAGGGUCCUCGCUUUCAUUCAAACUUGACCUUCAUCACUUAAUUGCCUUCUCUUUCUGCGUUGUUGCUGAUACCACAUUUUGUAAUUUUUUCAUUAAAAGAAUUAAAUGUAGAGUGGAUUUCAUGUAUGAAUCUGGAAAUAGGCAGGGACGUCGUACAUUCAUCUUCUUUGAAGGUGAUGAUUUUGCAAAUUUGUAUUUUUUUUAAUCAUCAAACGUGUUGCUUUCAUUCAAUGGAUUGAGGACACGUUUUGAUGAAGAGUGUUUCAUUAGAGCCACAUUUUACUUCCCCCACUGUGUUUGCGAAAAUUGUGGAGUGUGGGGUCCAUCCGAUAUAUAGUAGAAAUAAAAAGAGAAGCAGAAAUGAAGAGCAUCAGGAUGACAAGGAUCACCAACCACUUCUUCAAAUAUUGGAAGACAACUAAUUUCUAGUUUCACAACAACAGGAGCAAAAUUGGACAUCAAAAUUCAUUUAUAAGCACUGAAAAAAAAAAAAAUUAGGAAGAUGA